GGAAACAGAAACUUAAGAUUCUCCCAUUAAGAUGAGAAAUGGCACAGGCGGUGGAUCGAGAAAAAAUUAGCUGUUCAAUCUGUCUAGAUCUUCUAAAGGAAGCGGUCACUAUUCCCUGUGGACACAGCUACUGCAUGGUUUGCAUUAAAAACUACUGGGAAGAUGAGAUGAAAACACAGGUCUGUCCUCAGUGCAGGGAGAGCUUCACACCAAGGCCAGCGCUGGUUAAGAACACUAUGUUGGCUGAGUUAGUGGAAGAACUGAAGAAUUUUGGACUUCCAGCUGCUUUACCUGAUCAUUUCUAUGCUGGACCUGGAGACGUGGCCUGUGACUUGUGCACUGGGAGAAAGCUGAAAGCCAUCAAAUCCUGCUUGGUGUGUAUGGUCUCUUACUGCGAGCAGCACCUCCAGCCUCACUAUGAUGUGGCACCGUUGAAGAAACACAAGCUGAUCGAAGCCACCGCAGGGCUUCAGGACAACAUCUGCCCUCGGCACAAUGAGGUGAUGAAGAUUUUCUGCUGUACUGAUCAGCACUGUAUCUGUUAUGACUGCUUUUUAGAGGAACAUAAAAGCCAUGAGACGGUUGCAGCUAAAACAGAAAGGGAAGAGAGGCAGACGGAGCUCGGGUUGACACGACAAAAGAUACAACAGAGGAUCCAGGACAGAGAGAAAGAUUUUAAAGCGCUUGAGGAGAAGGUGGAGGCAAUAAAUCUGGCUGCAGAUGAAGUCGCAAAGAACAGCGAGAAGACCCUCAAAGACGUGCUGGAGAAAAUAAUCUCUGAAGUGAAUCGAACGAUCAGAUCCCAGCAGAAUAUGAUGGUGAGCAGAGUUGGAGAGUUUCAGGAGAAGAUUCAACAGGAGAUCACGGAUCUGAGGACGAAAGACACUGACCUGGAGAAGCUCUCCUCAACAGAAGAUCACAUCUACUUUCUGAACAAAUACCGCUCGCUGUCGUGUCUGACCGAGUCUACAAAUGGUCCUGGGAUCGAUCUUCAACCUCAGACGCAUUUUGAGGAUGUGUCAGUGGCUGUGUCACAGAUGAGCGACAAACUGCUGACAACUCUGACGGAACAAUGGGGGAAGAAGAAGACAAAGGAAGAAGUCCAAGAGCCUUCAACCAGAGCUGAGUUUUUGAAGUACGCUUGUCAAAUUAAACUGGACCCAGAUACCGCUAAUGGACUUUUGCGUCUGUCUAUGAACAACAGAAAGGUUACACUAAGGCAUGUGUUACAGUUGUAUUCACUUCACCCAAAACGGUUCACAGGGUGGUGGCAGGUGCUGAGUUGCAAUGGUCUGACUGGACAAUGCUACUGGGAGGUGAAGUGGAGCGGUAGGGUUUUAAUAGCAGUGGCUUAUAAAGAUAUCAGCAGAACAGGGAACAAGAAAGAAAGUGGAUUUGGAAAUAAUGAGAAAUCGUGGGCAUUAGAGUGUCAGGGUGGUCGCGUUACUUUCAUACAUAACAACGUUUCUACUGCCAUCAGAGGCCCGGCGUCCUCCAGAAUAGGAGUGUAUCUGGAUCACAAGGCAGGUGUUCUGUCUUUCUACAGCGUCACUACGACCAUGAAUCUCCUGCACAGAGUCAAGACCAAGUUCUCUCAGCCUCUCUAUCCUGGAAUCUGGCUUCCACAAACUGUAGGAGACACUGCUGAGUUUUGUGACAUAUAGUAGACGAGAAGGAGUCAUCUGUGUGUUGAGGUGGGCAAUGUUGUUCCUUGGGUUUUAUGUAGUUUUUCAACAGGGGGUACGAAGAUUUUCUGCCGCACUGAUCAGCUAGGGGCUCCGUGGAGGUACUGCAAGGGUGUCGUAAAAUUUUUGGUUGUUUAGCAAUUUUUCAUAUACAUUUUUUCGCAAAUUUUCUUUAAAUACACAUUAAUAUGAAUCCAACAUUUUUAGUAAAGGGAUAUGGGAUAGCUUGAUACUUAAUGCAAAAUGAUAAUAGUAAUGUAUAUUUAUAAAUAGCACUUUUUUAAAGUUAUAUAUUACUGUAUGGUUCAUCGUUAUAGUUUAUUCAUUUAUUUGUAAUAAUCUGGUAAUGUUUUUUUCAAAAUCACAUUAUUCUUUCGUGUAAAUUUAAGUGUCUGUACAAAAUCUAGCAGUGAGGAAGUUAAUAAAGGAGUCACAGUGAAUUUAGCCAUAUAAAUAUAUAUAUAUAUAACAUGUCAUCACUUUGAUUAUUUUUGAGUUCAUUCAUAUAUCUGUUCAUUUAAUUUAAGAUUUCUGAAGGUUGACAACCCAAACUUAAACGUUAGAUAGGAAAGCAAAUGAUCAGUUCAGUUCUGGGCGUGACGCAUUUAAGUUUUGUUAAUUCAAUAGAAUAUAUAAGGAAGUAUGAUAAAUUAAUUAGCGAGAAAAUGUGUUACCAUUUUCUUUGUUCACAUUGUGCAAAAUUCUCAUUAAAAAAUUCUGAAUCUCA